AUGGAUGAUCUAGCUUCCGUCGAAGCUCAAGAGGCCAGGCUCCGCAUACAGCUCGAAAAAAACACCAAAGAACAGGAGAAAAAGGUCAUGGAGCUACAAGAAUUGGACAUCCGAGAGAGACUGGCAGACCUAGAGACCCAAAAGGCAAGGCUCCGCACUCAAUGCAGCCAAUCUCAUGACGAAGUCACCACCGCGCCCGUACCUAGCAUCAAACAAGAGGAAUCAGUGGUCGAAUCUCAAUCAGCCGUUCCAGCUAUGGGGUCCAAAUUUGAACCCAUCGACCUGACUUUGGACGACGAGGUCGGCGAAAGUCAACCUGUGCCCAAGAGCGACCCUGGUAUCAGCGCGUGUGAGAAUGUCGAAAGCCGCCCUCAGGACACCAUCCUCACAGCCCAGCCGUGCAUACAGGGGCAAGAAGGUGAAGCUACACAGCCAUCAGAUCCCAAAAUCAACGUGGUCGCGCCGCAGCAGGGUGACCAACGACGAGUCUACGAAGAUACGCCUCAUUCACCUCCCGUUUGCGAACCUGAAACGACCGAAGUCAGCGGUCAAGCUCCCCAAGCGGCAAGUACCCAUACACUGCAGUGUGACCAGGGAGCAGAGCCGGAGAAAGUGUCACGCAAACCUCGGGCAGCUUCUACUCGAACUGCCAAACGAGCGCCAUCAAAUGCUGAUGCUGGAGACACUGCAGCUGUAAAGCCUGCGCCGAAAAGACCGCGGAAGCCACGGGCGAGAAAGCAGAAGGCGGUGGAAGUGGACGAAGAGCCUUACAGGAUCGUACAGCCAAAGACGGGAUCCGGCAACGAUAAGUCAGCCGGAGACCGAGAGCCCAGCCCUGGAGAGGUAGAAUACGAAAAGCUGCUGAACAGUAACUGCACGCAUGCUCUGGGUGCCGUACUUGAUCUUCUGCGGACCUCGAUCUUGCCUGGCAGAGAUGAUCUAGUGAAUGGGAGGUUCGAGAACACUCGAAUGAAAUUGUCCCGCUCUGGAUACACUGACUUGCGAUACUUUGAGGUCGACGUAUUGUCGCUCAUGGCUGCACUUGGUGUUCCACAUGAGAAGGCAGAAAUUGUUGACAGAAAACUCGGUCUAUGGAGGUUGGGUUGGCCGCAGUACUAUGCGAUGUGCAAGGAAGGGGCGACCGAGGAGGAGAAAUUAGAGGCUGUGGAUGAGUUCGCCGCAGAGUUAGCGCGAAGAUAG